CCCCCCCUUUCCCUCAUCAUCUCCUGCCCGCCUUUGAUUGGGCUCUCCCAGCCUUUCGCUCUCAAAACAGCUUGGAUGGGUUUGGCCACAGCUGAAACUUUUGAAGAAGGAAGGAAGUUGGGCUGCUGGAGGGAGGCUUGUCUUCCAUCAUGUCUUAGCUGGUUCCCCCUCCCCUUGAAUCUCUCCACAGGCCCCCCACCCCUGGAUCCUGGCAUGCAAGCUCAGCAGCAUUGUGAGGAAGAGGAGGAGGAGGAGGAGGAAGAAGAGGAGGAAGGAGGAAGAGGAGGAGGCAGCAGAGGAUCGGAGGGCGCCUUCGGAAAGAGCCCCUUCCGUCUGACAGCCGAAGAUGUCUACGACAUCUCCUACAUCCUGGGCAGGGAGCUGCACACGCUCAGCACCGAGCCGCAGGCAGAGAUCCCUGCCCGGGUGGCCCGGCUGCAGUUCAAGGUGGUCGGCAUUUUGGAAACACUGGAAGCCCUGGUGAGCGAGAACAACCUGACGGCGGAGGCCCUGAAGCUGGAAAGAGACAGCUUGAAAAGGGAAUUGGAGGAACUGAGGCAGCGGGUGACAUCCGGGACUGCUGGGGAGGUCAACCUGGGCCCCGACAAGAUGAUCGUUGACCUCACGGACGUGAACCGCCCUCGCUUUACACUGCAGGAGCUGAAGGAAGUUCUCCAGGAGCGCAACCACCUGAAAGCUCAGCUCCUCUUUGUGCAGGAAGAGCUCGAAUGCUACAAGAGUGGUUUCAUUUCUCAGAAGCAGGAUAAGGCCAGUCCCACGCAGAGAGAACCAACUGUAGGCACACCCUCUGGUUCCAGUAAUCGGAAAGAGAAAACUACAAUCAAACAAUGGUUCAUGUUUAAAAAGUUACGAUGAAGCAUUUCCGCAUUGGGCUGUCUCCACCCAGGAAGCAAAAUUUUAAAAACCUGAAUGUCCAGCAGUUGCAAUACUUGAAGACUGUUUAGUGAUUCACUGCAGCUGGUGGAAGCUUCAGCAUCUGGUUUUAUCCAAAUGGGUUCUCCUCUUCCAUUUUCUCAUUGGCACAAGGCUUUCUCGACCUGUUGCCUUCCAAACGUUUGGGACUUUUAAGGCAGGUAUUCUGAUAUUGCCUUUGUGAUGCUCAAUUUUUUACUGGAAAUGUUUGUAUGUCUGCAGCCAGCAAAAUAAAUUUACACACUUUGGUUUCUAGAAUCCUUGAAAA